CCAGCUGAUAGAAAAAAAUACUAUCUGGUAUCUGAAAAAGUCAAUACUUACUGAAUCUACAUUUAAAUUUCAUUCCUUGCUAUUACCUACUUGGUUUGGAAUUUCUUUACUGUGGGUAUAUUAUAAUAAGUUCGAUAUAAUGGCCAUUCAAAAUAUUGCCGUGAAACUAUGUGGUAUUCUUCAGUCAGAAUCCGAUGAAGAAGUAACAGCUCGUGAAUGGCGACUCAUAGGACAAGAGCAAGAUGGGAGCCAGCUCCUAACCUGGGUAACAUCUACUCACAACAACCAAGAACUGUUGAACAUUGGAGUCUACACAAACAAGACCAAGACCCUAUCAAAAUUGCAUAGGUUCAAUGAAAAGCUGAACAUCAUACAAGCAUCUGUGAAUGCAAGCCACAGCCUUCUGGUGUAUGUUGUUAAGGAGAUACCAAAAGAGGAUGAGGUUUCCAAGGAGGCUUUAUAUUAUCCAUAUCUAUUGCCGCUGCUGCUUGAUAAAGAAAACAAACCAAUACAGGUCCAAGAUGCUUCCUCUAAGCAGGUGAUGGUGCAGUAUGUCUAUGGGAAGUCUCACAAGUACAGCCCGGGAGUGAGGAAUGACCGUUUCUUACUGUUCAAACAUUUGGAGUGUAUCAACAUAUACCGCACAACAAUGAUAUGCAAUGACUGUGAUGAUGGGACCGAAGAGUGGGGGUUUGAUGGAGUGAUACCGGAGCCAGAUACCAUAGUCAGGGUGUUCUCUUGGGCGCAGUGGGACUGUGUUAAUCAGGUCCUGUACUACAUCCACUAUCGGCAACCCACUCAGAGCUUCGCGGAGGGUGAGGAAGUGAAGUCACCGUCAGAGAUCAUGCCAACACUCUCAGCACUGCAGUUCCACGCCGACCUUCCACAUGAGACUGUGCUGAACAUCCCGCUGAGCCUGCCGCAGCUGGGGUCGGGCGGCGCGUGCGGCGAGUACCAGGACGACCCGGCGCCGCUGCGCGUGCACGACUGCAGCCUCGACCUGCAGGUGGCGGGCGACGCCAGCGGCGUGCUGUGCAUCUGUCACCACUACUUGUACAAGCCACUCGACGACUCGACCACCUCCCUCGAAGACGGCGGUGACCUCAAGGAAUCCGGCGUGAACUUCGCCUAUUCUAUCACGAUACUGCACCACGGCUGCGUGGCUCACAGCGUCGUGCCGGACCUGCCCUGGGCGCUGGCCAAGAGCCUGCGGCCUAGCUACACGCUCUAUGGAGAUACCUACCUCCUUGUCAACAUACCAAACCUCUUCACGCAUCUCCUCGAUGUGUCGCUCUCGCACGAGCCAUGUUGCCACAUCGUGCUGCCCACCGAAGACUGCGUGACCAGCCCAAGCCUGGCCCCUAUCCUCGGUUGGGGGCCCAACGCGAUGGUAGACCUCAAUACACUGGACGUCGUCACAAUGAGCGUGGCUGAAAAGGAUUUGGUUGACAUGUUCAAGAGCUCUACUCCGCUGGAGAAUAAACUGUCGAUUAUGCAUUAUUUGGUCCACCAUGAGGGCAAUUUGGAACUGGCUGAAGAGCUAAUAUCCUGGAUGUGCGUGAACCCCGGCCCGACGCUAGGCGCGCUGCGUCGCAUGAUGCAGCAGUAUUUACUGGGGGCCACGCACACCGUCACCAAGCGGUCGCUGCCCGCCUCCGCGCUCGCGCUCAUGACCUUCCUGCCCGUCACUAUGCCGCACAAACUCGUGGAGGUUAAGAUAGGCGACAUUUGCGUGGCAGCAAGCCAGGAGAAGCUAUGGAACGUGUCGGUAGUGGUCCUCGGGCCCCGACAACGCCUGUCCCAGUUUGCAGAAGACAUGUGGACGCGGCUGUGGGUGGCCUUGAACCCUGCUAACAAGACGCCUGUACUGAAACCUGAGGCUGUUAGGGCUAAGCUGUCGGCUAGCAAACAUUGCUACCAGCCGGAAGCGCUAUCCCGCUGCAGCACCCCGCACUCGCCCACCUCCGCCCCGUUCCCGACGCCGCUGCGGCGCUCGUCCGUCACGGCCGCCGACUGCCUGCCGUUCUUCGAGGUCGACGAGUGUACCGCUAGCAAGCAGGAGCAUGUGGUUGCUGCGAACCUUCGAGAAGUGAGCGUUCACCUCAUGAAGGCGACCAACGAGGGUCCCUGGCAGAACCUGAGCGCCAUAGAGAGCGGCGUGCACUGCGUGGCCACUCGCUGGGUGACGGCGCAGCUCGACGCGUCGCGCGCCGUCUGCCGCGCCGUGUGCAACCUCACGCAAGCCAAGCUCACGCACCAGCAAAGAGGAUUCACUUUCGUAGAUGAGCUCGAGCCCCCGCACGCGCUGGUCCUCUUCAAGACGCUGGAGAGCUACGUGCUGGCGUGCGAGCUGCUCGCGUACCCGCUGCCGGCCGGGCUCGCCUCCUUCUUCACCUACCUCGGCUACCGAGCGCUCCCGUUCUGCAUGUUCAUGCAGUAUGUGCAUAGGAGCGUGCUGGAAUUGCACUAUGAUGUGUUGAGGACUAUUGUUACUAGCAAAGACGACGACCCAACGACAGUGAACCACAAGCUCCGCCUGAUCCAGAUAGCGGGAGAGGGGCGGGCGCGGCGCGCGCUGGCGGCGUGGCAACAUGAAGCGGCUCUACAGCUUAGAGCUAGGGACCACGCCGCUACGUUACUGAGUGGAGAGCGGACUAGAGGCCGCGCGAGGCAUCGCAGUGCGAGGGAUGCUGGUGGUAUGACAGCGCUGCCAUCAGGCGAACGCCUGUCUUCCCUGGACUCGUUUCUGGACCUGCUCACUGCGAAGGCUAGCCUUAAUGAGCUCGACUUCAAUCUCAUCAUUGAAGCCACCCUCACGUCUAUACAGGGGGGUGUAGAGGCGUAAAUGAAAUACUUUAUAAUUAAUACUUACCUUGGAAAGAAAAGCUUGUAUGAUGUUUUCUUUUCAAUUGCAUUUAUAUUUAUUACGAGUAGUAGAUAUUAAUACCUACAUUUAAACCUCUUAGACUUUCGAGGAAGAAUUCAAUCAAAAUUACUUAAGAACCAUAAAUUAAUGUUAGCAAUCAUAAUUAUUUAUACAUCAGUGAAAUUUUAUUGGAUGUUUGAUUCUUUGAUUCCAUGUCGGGCGCACAAAAUUUACAAGAGUUUUAAGGCUAAUUGAGGAUUACACAAAAAGUGGUAAUGGGUAGCGUCCGAAAUCCAUGACUGAGACUAAUGCGUGUCCCUUUUGAGAGUUACGACUAAUAUAAUGACUUUAGUAGUGAUAUACUAUAAUAGUGUAAAUAAUGUUUUAGUUUUGAUGUCGUUACUGUAGUAAAUUGUAAGUGUAAUACAUUGCCAUAUCAGGCUUUGUAAUGUUAAUGUGCAAUCUAUGUUAAAUUUUGUGUGCAAUGCCUGUUUUUUUAUUAUAUAUAACUUAUUAUAAGUCUUAUGUAUUUUAUUAAAACAUUUAUUGUAGUAGAUACAUUUUUUAUAAUAAUAAAACCAAUAAGUUACA